AUGAGCAACAAUGAUUUAUGUGAAUCAAUAGUCAAUCAUGCCAAUCGCAUUUACCAAUCCCUUGCCAAUAUCAAUUCAUAAUAAAAUGAAAAUGGAAGUAUAAGUAAUUCUUAUAAUAUUAUAAUUUUUAGCUAAUCCAUAAAUCACAUCCUAAAUGACAUCAAUUUAAGGCUUUACAUCAAUAAUACUAUUAUUGAUCAUAGCUUAUGCAAUACUAUCUUUUAUUUCUCCUAGAAAAUAAAUUUUAUCUCAAAAAGAAUAAUUUAAUGGAUAAUAAUAUAACAAAGAUGAAGAUGAUUGA